AAGUGACGUUAUCGUUCAGUCUCACGAAAACGAUAGACUUGACAACAAAAUAGAGUGUUUGGUUUUUCAUUUGAAUGUACUCCUCUUAUGUUUUCUACAGACAGAUAUUUCCGAAGGCCCACAAUAGUACGCACAUGUUGCUUUAAGGGCAUUGGAGCUGCCUCGGCUAGCUAAGGCUAGACAGUCAACGUAAGCUAACAUUGCGUAGUGUUUUCACCUCGCUGGUAGAGAGAAGUAGCUUGUUUACGUUACACACAGGAGUUGGCAGUCUCCGGUAAAUGGCCUGCACUUUAGAGAAAGUGUUGGGCGAUGCUCGGACCCUUCUUGAGAGGCUGAAAGAGCACGACACGGCCGCCGAGGGACUGAUUGAACAGUCCGGGGCCCUCAGCCAGAGAGUGCAGAGCAUGAGAGAGGUGGGAAAUGCCCUUCCAGACAAGCACAUAGAAGAUACUUCAGAGAUUCAGGAGCUGACCAAAUACAAGCCUCAUGUCCUUCUGACUCAGGAAAACACUCAAAUCAAGGAACUACAGCAGGAGAACAAAGAGCUAUGGUUGUCUCUUGAAGAACACCAGUAUGCGCUGGAGCUGAUCAUGGGUCGAUACCGCAAGCAGAUGCUUCAGCUAAUGAUGGCAAAGAAGGAGCUGGACACCAAACCUGUGCUCAGCCUCCAUGAGGACCAUGCAAAAGAAGUGCAGAGCCAGGUGGAGCGGAUAUGCGAGAUGGGCCAGGUGAUGAGGAGAGCAGUGCAGGUGGAUGAUCAGCACUACUGCUCUAUUCGAGAGAGGCUCGCUCAGCUAGAGAUUGAGAACAAAGAGCUGCGAGACCUCCUGGUCAUCAGCAAGAGCUCUGUGAAGACAGCGAGAGAAGAAACCGAUCAGCCAGCAACAGUAGCACAAGAACAGUCCCCUCAGCCAGGGUCCGACGAGUGAACAGAGCAGCUUCAGUGUGAACUGUGAAUGGGGAAUCAAGUCCUUCAGGACCAGGAGACAGGGUUGAUGAUCUCUUCACCUGUGUUCACCCAAUUAUUUUUUCUACAUAAGAUGGAAUGCAGUCAGACCACAGCAUCUUUUUUUUUUUUUUGUAGUGAAGGCCACUUUAACACAAUAUUUUGGCUAUCAGUAGCAUUUACCUGUGGGUGUAUCUGGAUGGUAGCUGUUGUAAGCUUUCAUAUGUACAGCAUACGUAUGUUCACACACACACGUACUGGAGUAAAUGCAGUAAAAGCAAAGGGGAUUAAUUUUGUUUUGGCCAAAGAUGCAUUUACUCAUCAAGGACACAGUUUCUACCUCUUUGUUGCCCCUUUGCUGUUCACUCACACUCACAAUGUGUAAAAUGCUCAUGACCCCCACCCCGCACCCCCCACACCCCACACCCCCAACUAUGAGUUCACUCAAAAUCAUAUUAAGAAGCCAACUCGUAGGUUGCACCAUUUUAAGAAGCUGUGCUUGAUAAUCACUCUGCCAACAUGAUGACUUAUGGCUGUUUCACACAGUUUGCCUGCUGAGGGAGUGACGGUGGAUCAUUUAUAUGUGGUUGUCUCAUUUUAUGAAUUUGAUACGUUUGUCAGUCUGUUUGUAGAAUUCAUAUAUAACAUGACUUCCAUGUUUAGUACUUUGAUUCUAGUUGUCAGAUUUGGAUGUAAUCAAAUGUUCCAGCUGUUGUUAUUUAAUGGUAACAAUUUCAAAAUAUGCCAACUUUUUGUGUAAUGGAUAUCAAAUGUUUGCACACUGUAUGUUCCCAGAAAUUGUAUAUUGUCAUCUCAGGAAAUUGGUGUUAAUAAGGUGAACAUGCUGUAUUGACUUCAUGACAGUGUAUUGAUUUGUGUCAAACAAAAUUUCAUUCAGAAACUUUAAAAUAAAUU